AUGGGAUAGUGUUAAGUACCACAAAUGCAAUAAAUAGAAGAUGAUUUUGCAGCAAUUUAAAGAAAUGCAGUAACACUCAAAGCAGUACCUGAAAAACUUAAUCAAUUGGAAGCUUAGAUUAAUAGUAUCAAAAGUACAGCUGAAUAGGUAACAAUUACUUUAAUUUAAAUAGCUCACUAAUUCAGUUAAUAGCAUAAUGCAUACCUUAGAAAAUUUACAAAAGAGUCUCCCAUGA